AUGAACCCUUUACUCACCAGCAAAGAGGAUCUGCUCUUUGCCCGGGAUGAGUUUUUGGUGAGAGAUGAUGAUGUCAUCAUAUUGACCUACCCUAGAUCAGGAACACAAUGGAUGAUUGAUAUUGUCAGUUUGAUCAACUCCAAUGGGGACCCCACUUGGGUACAGUCUGUCCCUAACUUUGUCAGGUCCCCAUGGAUAGAAAUUGAUGCUGCAAUGAAAGCCCUAAGUGACCAGGAGGGACCACGCCUCGUGUCUUCACAUCUCCCCAUACAUCUUUUCCCCAAGUCCUAUUUUACCUCCAAUGCCAAAGUCAUUUAUGUCAUAAGGAAUCCAAGAGAUAUUCUUACAUCUUUUUAUUAUUUAGUGAAAGAAAGUAAGUUGGAGAAGCAAAGAAAUUUUGAUGAAUACUUCAACAAGUUUAUCCAAGGUGAUGUGACUUAUGGACUUUGGUUUGAUCAUACUCUUGGAUGGAUGGAGAGAAGAGAUAAGAAGUGUUUCUUACUAGUGUUUUAUGAGGACCUGCAGAGGGACAUUAAGGGCAGUGUGGAGAAGAUUUGUCAGUUUCUUGGUAAAAAUUUGGAGCCAGAAGAAUUUGACUCAGUACUCCAUAACAGCUCCUUCUCAGUCAUGAAAGAGAACAAAAUGUCCAGCAUGGUUCAGCUUAUCAUCCAUGCCUUCACUGAAGCACCAAUGCUGAGAAAGGGAAUUUCUGAGGACUGGAAAAACCACUUCACAGUGGCCCAGAGUGAAGCCUUUGACAAGCUUUUUCAGGAGAAGAUGUCACAUUUGGGGCCAGGAUUUUUCCCCUGGCCAUGA